CACCUUCAAUCGUAAUGACACGUGAAAUAUCCCACAACAAAUAUUGCUUUUUCUGUGAAAAAUGGUUACAGAGACUUGUUGAUCAUUUGAGCGUAUUAACUAAAUAAACUUUUUCUUGGUGUCUUGUUUGAAUGGGAAUUAAGUUAUUCAAAUUGACCUCUAUGCAGAAUUAGUCGCGAAUCUGAUUAUUUGAAGUUUUUAUAGACAGCUCAGUUGAUUGGGGAGUCUGUUCGCUGUGUCGAAAAUGGUGGUUGAUUGAGUUCUUCAGAUUCGAAGUUAGUUUGUCGCAGUGUUGUUACAGAAGAUGCUGACAGGAUGGAGACUUACGAUUUCCAAAUUUUUUGUUAUACCCCAAAGGUAUAUACUGGGGAUCAUGGGAUUUUUCGCCAUUUUGAAUGCAUACACCAUGAGAGUUUCCCUAUCUGUUGCCAUAACAGAGAUGGUACUGAAACAUAAGACUGAUUUUUACGAUCCGAAUGCUUGUAUUAUUGAUGGAAUACACAACAGCACAUCUUUUCAUACCGUCGUGGAAGAUCUUUAUCCAUGGACAGUAAAACAGCAGGGACUUAUUCUGAGUUCAUUUUACUGGGGAUACGUCAUAACGCACAUUCCUGGUGGUGUUAUAGCAGAAAAGUUUGGAGGAAAAUACGUCUUAGGUCUGGGUAUUCUGAGUACAUCUCUUUUCACCUUGUUGACCCCCUUCGUUGUGUACGCCUCUGGAGGCAAUUGGUUAUGGCUAGUUGCUCUUAGAGUUUUCGAAGGGUUAGGAGAGGGUACAACUUUUCCAGCUCUGAACGCAAUAUUAUCCAAAUGGGUGCCUCUUGCAGAAAGAGCUAAGCUAGGAACUCUUGUAUAUGCAGGAAGCCAAAUCGGUACGGUCAUGGCAAAUUCCAUAAGUGGUACCUUGAUUCACGCAACCAAGAGUUGGGCUUCCGUAUUCUACUUCUUUGGUGUCAUGGGAUGUCUGUGGACUUUCCUUUGGACAAUUCUGUGUUACUCUGAUCCAGAUUCACAUCCUUUCAUCUCUGAUAAGGAGAAGAACUACUUAAAACGUGAAAUGUCUGCUUCAAUCAAAGAGAAGAGGAAAAUUCCUUGGAAACAUAUCUUCAAAUCAGUUCCAGUGUGGGCCCUAGUAUGUGCUCAGAUAGGUCACGAUUGGGGAUUUUUUGCAAUGGUCACUGACCUUCCAACUUACCUGAAGGAAGUCCUGCAUUUUAACGUGAAAGAAAAUGGUUUACUAUCCUCAAUACCUUACGUUGUAAUGUGGAUAGUAUCGUUAGUUUCUGCAUACAUUUGCGAUAAGUUAAUCGCGAGUAAAUGUAUGACAAUAUCGUUCGCUAGGAAGUUUUUUUCCACUAUCGGCUCUCUUGGACCUGCUGUUUUUCUACUCGUAGCUUCAUAUGUUGGUUGUGACAGGAAUAUGGCCAUUGUAAUGUUCACAAUAGGGAUGGGUUCCAUGGGUUGUUUUUACUGUGGAAUGAAAGUAAAUGUCCUCGAUCUUACUACCCAUUAUGCCGGUACAGUAAUGGCAAUUGUAAAUGGUAUAGGAGCACUAAGUGGUAUUCUUGUACCGUAUCUAAUAGCAGCUAUGACUGAAAAUCAUACGCUUCUCCAAUGGCGGAAUGUCUUCUGGGUCACAUUUGGCGUUUUAUUCAUCACAAAUGCGGUCUUCCUGUUUUUCGGUAGUGCAGAGGUUCAGCCUUUCGACAGUGUAUAUGAUGAGAAGAAACAAAAUCCAACACCAAAAGAAUCUUUCAAUGGGGUUAUUAUAGAGGAAGAUGAAGAAGAAAGCACAGAAUUUCGAUGACAUCGCUGAGAGUGUUAGAGGAGUGAUAUUGCUCACUGAAACAUAAUUGGCUCAGAAGAGAGAAAAAAGUCGUUGAUAGAUGUAUACGAGAACAUACGUCCAUUCUAUAAACUACUUAAAAUUUAAUGAAGAAUACAAUAGACGAAUUUCGAAUGAUCUCUUUAGUUGUAAUGUCAAUAUGGAAUGGAGAAGGAUUAUCACAAUUGAUAAUAAUAUCAAAACACUUCGUUUCCUUUGUAAAUAAUUAUUUAAUUGUUUAGAUAUUGUGUUCUCUUAUCUUUGAAGCACAGAAAAUUA